AUGGAAGACCCCCCGUAUGUCGCAUGGAUGAAGGAGCAGCAAAAUCAGGGGAAGCCGUCCCCUUCCAUCAAGCGUAUUGCAAAGGCAAAGCGCGAUUCUGCUGGCGCCAGCACUAGCAGCGGUCCUGGGCAUGACGACGACGAAACUGGGGGCGACACGGACAUCAGCGACGACGAUCUUGAGGAGAUCGUGUCGGAAUCGGACAGUGAUGCCGAUUCCGACAACUACAAGGCCGGCAGUGACGACGAAGAGGAAGAUUCGGACGGUGCCGAAGUAGGAAGCGGUGACAACCGCAGCACACGUCGAUCGAAGAAGGAGAAGCGCCCGCCGGCGAAGCGCAACAAGCGACUGUGGUCGGACGCAGAGCUGACAUCACUCGCGGCCGCUCGUUGGAACACGAAGGACGACCUGAAGGCGAUGCAAGGGAAGCAAGGGAGCCAGUACUGGAAGAAGCUGCAAGUUCAUAUGGUUGAGAGGGACGACACGUGGGACCGCGAUGAGGGGCAGAUGUCGAAUGCGUGGAAACGUCUCGAGAAAAAGUACCUGAAAACGAAACGGUCGGAGACGCAAAGCGGGGGGGAAGCUAUUAGGAAGAAGCCAUGGCGGAUAGACGAAACCGCCACAAUGGCAGCAGCAAAGCUUGUGAGCGACGCCACUCAUUCCUCCGACGCGAUGGCGUUGCGCCAGCUUCAAGACUCGAUGCAACUACUUGUCGCCGCCAUGAACAUGGCGGCGAUGCAGGCUGGCUUACGACAGCAGAUGGCCAGUCUGCCCGUACCACCUGCGGCGCCCGCGACUACGCCGCCACCAGCACCUCCUGCAGACGCAAGCGACGCCAACAUGGCGGGGUCGGAGGAUGUGGCGGAGCAGCACGAGCCUUAG